UCCACAUGGUUUGCAGCCAAAAGAAAUCCCUCCAAUUCUUUUCUUCUCUCUCUCUCUAGAAGUUUCUCUUUCUUUCUCUCUCUCUUCUUUCUUGGCUUAUUCAAACUGAACCAUAACCAGUACAGUUUCAACACAGUCAUGAUCAACCAGACCAAACCCACCAGUACUGAAACCCUAAAGUUCUUUUGCAGCUACGGAGGCAAGAUUCUCCCUCGUCCCGGCGAUGGCCAGCUCCGUUACGUUGGCGGUCACAAUCGAGUCCUCACCGUCGAUCGUUCUAUCUCCUUUGCAGAGCUAAUGGUGAAACUCGGAGAGUUUUGUGGCUUCUCCCCUGAUUUGAAGUGUCAAUUGCCAAACGGAGACUUCGAGACCUUAGUUACGAUCAAAUCCGAAGAGGAAUUGACGAGUCUGUUGGAGGAAUACGUUAGGGUUUCGUCGCGUGACUCCACGCGCCACCUUAAGAUCAAGGCGGUUUUGAUUCAGCGACAAUCUAUUAAGAAAGUCUCGCCACCACCUUCCGUUGUACCUCGCGGCGUAGAACCUCUGUUCCGUACAGUUAAAUCCGUUCCGAGAUUCUCGUCGCCGGUGAAAUUCGCUGGCAGCGGACUCCAGAAAGGGUAUGAAAAAAUGAGCUAUAACAGGCAUUGUCCUGUUUUCCUGCAUCAGCAUCAACACCAUCACUUUCUUCAUCAUCAAGAAGUUCCUCGCUGCUAUUACUGGCAAUGAUUCUUGGAAGAGCUUGAAGAAUCUUGAAGAUUUCAACUUUCAACCAAAGAAGAGCGAUUUCAAAAUAGGAAAGAAAAAUACACAAGUGUAGACUAGAGAUUAUACAACAGACAAAAAAUUAAAAAAAAAAAAAAAACCAUUCAAAAUAACAAUUUUGUUCUUUUCUUUCUUUUUUCCAUUCAAAGUAAAUACAGAGUGGAUUUUGAUUGAACUGUGAAUAUUAAAGGAUUUUUUUUUAUUUCAUUUUUAUGAAAUAACAGUGAGCUUAAUUAAUGAUUAAUUUUACCUAAACGAAGGUUUACUCUAAAAAAAUAAUUUUCUUCAACUGACUCCUUAAAACUUCCGUUUCAUGUCAGGAAUGUAAGUUAUUAAUAUAUAUAUUUAUAUUUAUAUAAUUGAAAAAAUAAAUGUAAGUAUAUAUAAUCAAUUGUUUGGUCAA